AUGCACGCUGCCACUUCUCUGAUGGAGUCCCUUUUGUAUGGCGCGAACAUUGAAAUGGUGCGCAUCGACACAGUACGCGAAUCCAAUGCCAAGUGCAAAUCUCUCGUGGGCCUGGUCGCAAUCUUUGUAGGCGGGACGGGAGGCAUCGGAGAGAGCACCGCUAAGGAGUUGUUCCUUCGCACUACGAGUCCCAAGGCCUACAUUAUCGGCAGGAGCGAAGAACGUGGCAAACGCAUCUGCGAUGAGCUACAUGAGAUCAAUCCCCAAGGCAAAGCUAUUUUCAUCCAGCGAGACAUCAGCGCGCUGAAAAAUGUUGACGAGCUAUGUGCGGAACUCCGCCAACGGGAGCCCAAGAUUCACUGUUUAUUCCUGACUGCUGGUUACAUGACUCUCCGAGGACGAACAGAGACUCCCGACGGCAUCGAUCGAAAGAUGGCAGUCAAUUACUACGCGCGCAUGAGAUGUAUCGAGAAAAUGAUGCCAAGCUUGGAAAAGGCCUCCAACGAAGGCGAACUAUCGCGUGUCAUUUCUGUGCUCGCUGCAGGAUCCGAAGGUGACGUGCGAGUGGAUGAUCUCGAGCUGAAGCACAAUUUCACUUUACACGCAUGCCUGGCUCACUGUGUCGUCAUGACGGACUUUUUCAUCGCUGGACUAGCAGAGCGUUAUCCCGGGACAUCUUUCAGUCACUCGUAUCCAGGAACCGUCAAGACAGGAAUCGCCAAUGAACUUAGUGGACCGGUUCGACUUGCCGUCAAAGUCAUGUACGCAGUCAUGACUCCCUGGAUAUUGAACGUACAAGAAUCUGGAGAGCGACAUUUGUUCCAAAUCACAAGUCAAUGCUACCCGUCGCGGAACGGAGGAGCUGGCAUACCUAUUCCAGAAGGUUUAUCUGCUAUGCGCGCAGUGAACGGACAGCCGGGCGGUGGUGCCUACUUACUUGACUGGGACGGGAAAUCUACUGGAGAUGAAUCGGUGCUGUCAAAGCAUCGCGAGAUGGGCAUGGAGAAGAUCGUUUGGGACCACACGCACGAAAUUUUCGAACGAGCGGAGAUGAAGAUGCGUAAAGAUUCCAAACGUGCUGCAGUGAAUGAGGCCGAAGGUGCUGGUCGACCGAUACCCAACCCACCUGGAUGGCGCCCAGCGGCUUGAAUCACAACGCCAACACACACUACAUUGAUUCAGCGCCGCGCAGCAGGAUUUGAUAUGGAAGCGCUUAUGGCAAUGGCUGGAAGCAUUUCACUGGGUACGACAAGCAGACAGGCCGUGGACGAUUCUUACAUGAUUGAUUUACAUGCGCAUCGAAGAUCGGCGGCCCACUCGUUGGGGAUCUGCCGUUACACAGUAUAACGCGGAGAUGGAGACACCUCCGAUUUUUCGGGCCCUUGGCGAUCUCGUGCGAGCCGUGGCGAGAUGCUCUCACACCAAGCGCUGGCAACCUCCACAGCGUUCCCAGAUCGAGCAGUUGGUAGCUUCGAUGACCUCAGAUUGCUAACCUCCGAGCCACGCGUAAUUCCAAGCGACCAGUGGCAGCCGUUAGCGGAUGUGAGGAUUUCAAAACAAGCAGACGAUGCAGGCCAAUUCGGCGGCAUGGCCGUCGCCGCCUGGCCAAGGCUCUCUCCCUCUUCCCCAUGGACCUCCUCCACGAAGGAUUGGUUUAAGCUUCCCGUAUUGGAGGCGAUGUUACAUACUGAGAGUCUUUGCUGGAAGCUCGAUUGUACCCCGCUUCAUCGCCUCAAAAGAUUUUUUACUGUACGUACCUAGAGUGUGUAGCGAAAAUGUGGGUGACGAUCCCCUUUCACCCCAGCAUCUAUCAAUUUCUGCUGCUCAACGAUAUCCAUGUUCUCUCUCCUCUCGUUGAUACACUUUAGCACAAGGUAGAUACCGCAAUACCCUAAAGCAGCGCAGACGAUCGCGGCCAAGCUCACCCCGUGUCCGAUGACAUAUCGCCCGCGAGAGUCUG